CGCGCCAUAUAAUUAUAUUUUAAAAGCCGGCUAAAUUCUCCGUUUUUUAUGUAUUAGUUGAAAUCCUGUCAUGCCGAAAAAUGACCUUUUUAGGAAAUCGAUUACAAGUCGUGUUUAGGGCGGAAAUGUCUGCGAGGGGGCGGAACUUGUGUCAAGUCGGAAUGAUUUAAGCGGUGCACUCAAAGGUCAAAACAACCCAGUUAUUAAAAAGCGUGCGGCGUGCAUUUUAACAUCAUAUGAUUAUGUUUUAAAAGCCGGAUAAAUUCUCACUUUUUAUGUAUUAGUUGAAAGUCUAUCAUGUCUGAAAAUGAGCUUUUUCCGGAGUCGUCGGGCCAGCGUGUGUCUGAGAGGAGCAGGAGCCGGCUGGGAGUGAUGGUGACGGGGCUCCUGGGAGGCUCACUGCUCGCUGUGUACGCGCUCACUACACCCUUCCUGGCCCCAGCCUGGAGGAAAGUCUGCCUACCGUUUGUCCCCGCGACCCCCGCACAAGUGCAGAAUGUCCUCCGUGCACUGCGGGCCAGGUCGGGCACUCUGGUGGACAUUGGCAGUGGAGAUGGAAGGAUCGUGAUCGCAGCAGCAAGGCGCGGAUUUCAGGCUUCGGGCUUUGAGUUGAACCCCUGGCUGGUGUGGUACUCUCGCUACAAGGCCUGGAGGGAAGGAGUCUACCACACCACCGCCUUUCACAUCUCAGACUUAUGGAAGGUCAGCUUUGCACAAUACUCCAAUGUUGUCAUAUUUGGAGUGCCUCAAAUGAUGGACCAACUGGAGCUGAAGCUGGAGAAGGAGUUACCCAGCUGUGCUAAGGUGGUGGCCUGCAGAUUCCCCUUCCCCAACUGGGUCCCUGAACACACCGCCGGGGAGGGUGUGGACACCGUGUGGGUGUAUGAAGCCGGCUCGUUUAAGUCACACACGGCCGAGGAACACGACGUCACACUUUUGAAAGGACAGGAAGUGAAAGAGGAGUCCAAGGACCAGCAGUUGAAGAGUCCACAUGAUGAACAAGAGAGGACCUAAGAUGGAGCCCUGAGGAACACCACUAGUGUAACUGACUGCAUGUGAAGUAUACACGCUCCAGCAACACGUAAGUUCCAUAAAUCACAUUAUUUGAAACAUUUAAAAAGGAGAGGACUUAAAGGUGUGAUUGAGGAAGGCCUCAGUUACGUCAAUCCCAAGUUCGGACCGCAGUGUUCUACGUUGGCUAGCAAGGUUCAAAUGUCAAUGCUAGGAUCUGCUCAUGUGUUUUUCCACUUGUCCAAGCUCCUCUACAACAGUACAACCUUGGGGUUUGAUAUUUUUCAUUUUCAAAACCAAUACAAGAUACAGAUUUUUUUUUUUUUUUAACCAUUAGGGCCCCCUUCAAGUUGGGUCCCUGGGCCAUUUAAAAAACGAAAAAAUUAAGCUAAAAUCUCCAGAUCAGCGGUGUCUAAAUUUGUUCCAGUGAACUAUAUCAACACAGCUUUGUUUCAUCAGUAACUAAGCAUAUUCGACAUCAUUUUGCCCUAAAUUUAGCAUUUUCAACCAUAAAAAUGGCUAGAUCAAGUAAAAAUAGCGAUUCUACAGUAGUGUUGGCCACUAGAUGAGAAUUUUAAUGGCCUACUGAAAGCCACUACUAGCGACCACGCAGUCUGAUAGUUUAUAUAUCAAUGAUGAAAUCUUAACAUUGCAACACAUGCCAAUACGGCCGGGUUAACUUAUAAAGUCACAUUUUAAAAUUCCUGGGAAAUAUCCGGCUGAAACAUCGCGGUAUGAUGACGUAUGCGCGUGACGAAGUCCGAGUAACGGAAGUUAUGGUACCCCGUAGAAUCCUAUACA